CUUCCUUCUUAUACCCACACCCCCCUCCACUUGAACUCCCCAAGCAAAACAAGCACAGCUAGCUCCGCGCGCCAAGGCACAACAGAGCUUUUCCAGUUCCACGUCCAUCGAAAGCCGGAGAUGUUCCGUCAUUCUGCCACCACCCCUUCUUCCUACGGAGGCGACGCCUUCAUGCAGAGCUUCUCCUCCGCGGCGGCCCUGGCCACAGUCCCGACCCAGAUCCCGCGCCCCGGCGCCGUGGGUUACCUCGACGGCGGCAAUGUUGGCGGCGCGUUCCCUCCCUUUGCCGCGGCAUCAUCGCCGCCAUCGUCGACAUACUCCUCCUCACUGCCGUCGUCGUACUACAACAACAUCCACAGGAGCAUCAGCUCGCACUCCCUCCCGCUCCACCUCCAUCAGCUCGGCGACGCCUUAAACGGUGGCGGCGCAUUCUUCUCGUCUUCGUCCCCGUCGCCGCACCAGCUGUCAUCCCUGGCGCCUAUGUCCUCCUCUCCCUCCUCCUCCUGCCACAGCGACCUCUUCGACUUCGCCUCGUCCUGCUCCGUCCGACGCGUCUUCAGCACCGGUGAUCUCCAGCAGGGGAUGAACGGAUCAUCGCCGGCGCCGUCGGGGGACAGCUGCGGCGGCCAAGACGUCGGAGGCGGGCCGUUCUCGCAGAAGGUCGGGCGAUACAGCGCCGAGGAGCGGAAGGAGCGGGUCGAGAGGUACCGCGUCAAGCGCCACCAGAGAAACUUCACCAAAAAGAUCACCUACGCGUGCAGGAAGUCACUGGCCGACAGCAGGCCGAGGGUGAAGGGCCGGUUCGCGAGGAACGGCGAGACGGAGGCGGAGAACGACGACCACCGGCCGGAGACCUCUGACAACAGCUACGACUACUGCGGUGGUUACAGCAACAACCACAGCUGCAAGGUCGACAGCGCGGCCACGGCAGCAGCAGCAGCAUUCGUCGGCGACAAUGGCGAGUGGUGGUGGCCGGCGCCCGGCGCGGCGGUGGCCGAGGAGGAGGAGGCGGCGGAGCGGCAGGUCGGCUUCGACGUCGACGAGGAGCUGUGGGCCACCCUCGGCGACAUGCUGUCCGUGAACCUGGCCUCGUAGGCGCUCGCUGCCCAUCGAAUGCCGAUCGAUCCAUCACACUGUGAUCGAGAUCGGCCGGUCGAGGCGUUAGUGGUGGAUGGGUCCGGUGUCUCGAGACGAUAAAUCGAGCACUACCACUAGCUCUAGCUAGCCCGAUUGAUCAGGGUGGCGGCUGCUGCAUGCCGUGUGCGCGGAACAGUGAUGCAGCUAGCUAGUGCACCUAGCUUGGCGAUCAAGGAGCGAGGUCAGACAGAGUGGACGCCCGUUGACCUUCCCCUGUGCAUGUUGUAUUAUUGUAACCUUUAGCCAGAAAACAUGAUGAGAGCCUGGAAACGGAAAAAAAAGAUUGAGACAGAGAGAGAAAAAAAUCACCUUCGAUCACGUGUUAGCUAGAGACUUAUAGUAGAGUUGAGAACAACUUGUGUUCUGUGAGUACUUCUUCCAUGCAUAAAAUUAAUUUGUCCCA